UUAGCAUUUAGCGGCAGUCGCAAAGCAGCCAAGUUGAAAACACCUCGAGAGCAACAGCAACAAGUGGAUGCCACAGUGCAAACAGUUCCAAAAGUCAACUCAAAUAUAUCCAAAUCCCGGAAGAUCGGGUGAUAAUGCCCGACAGCUUUUCGGCGGACUUACGUAGCCGCCGCCGCGAAAAUCCAAUCGACCGCAACGGCAAUAUCGGAAGUAUUGGCAAGGAGCAGGCGACAAGCACCGAACACAAGCUGACAACCGAAUAUUCCCAACGGACCAGCGAAAUGCCGUCCGGCAAGGAAGGUCAAGAAUCCAGGCGAACCCUCAGCGAGAGUUCCGCUGAGGACGUUGGGCGCACAGGAUCGAAGACCAACAGCGAAGGAAUGUGGCGGAACGAGCUUUCCCUGAAUGCGGACAGCAGCUCCACUCAGCCCGAAAAGGGAAAGGAACGGAGUCCCAGCCCCGCGAACUUCCUUAUAAGGCUCAGCGAUGCAGCGGAUGUGGUACUCCGCGUUCUUCUUGUCAUGACCUUCUUCAAGCUGGAGACGAUGACAGCUUUCAAGCGGGAAAUCCACGAGGAGGAGCUCUGGCUGUACAAGAAUCCCAGGAGACCGGACUUUGUGAGGGGCGGAGAGCUGCUCUUCUGGGUGAUAGUGGCUCCCUUUCUGGUCACUGUGGCCUUCUACUGGUUCACCAAGGACAGGCGCGACUUCAGAGCCGCCAGCUGGGCCUGGACACUGGGUCUGUGCAUGAACGGCAUACCUACGAGCCUACUAAAGAUAACAGUAGGACGACCCAGGCCAGACUACUUCUACCGCUGCUUUCCCGACGGCGUGAUGGUCCUUAACACAACGUCCAGCAGUCUAGACACCUCCAUAUUGGACUUCAACUGUACAGGGCUUCCGGGGGACAUUAACGAAGGACGCAAGAGUUUUCCCAGCGGACAUUCGUCGUUCGCCUUUGCAAGUUUCGGCUUUAUCGCCUAUUAUGUGGGCGCCAAGCUACACGCCUUUGACAUUCGGGGACGUGGCCACACCUGGCGGCUCUGCAUCGCUGUGAUUCCAUUGCUGAUCGCUCUUCUAGUGGCAGUCAGUCGCACAUGCGACUACCACCACCACUGGCAGGAUGUUACCGUUGGCGGGCUGAUUGGCCUGUUUGCGGGUUACAUAAGCUACAGACAAUACUAUCCCUCCAUCUUUGGCCCUGAUGCCGGCAAACCGCUGAUCCGGUGGUUCAGGAGGGAGGGAAACAAAUAUAAGCGGCUAACAGGGAAUGAGGAUAGCGAUAGCCGUGGCGAAAGGGACGAGGGCGAUGCGGCGCGGAGACCUCUCCUCGCGGGCAAGGAACAAUCCAAAGGGUACUAAAAGCUUUACGUAAUUUAUAGUCAAUUAUUGCUUUCCUCUUUAAGCUCCUCUUAACUUAUCAAACCAUCGCUGUAUUUCCAAUUUACAAAAGUUCUGCUGAGUUACCUCUUAAUGGGUAGGGUAGUGAGUAGUUUCUCCAAUAAAACAGAGCUCGUCAAUUGCUAAACGUAAA